AUCAUGUUAAGUGAUGAUUAGAUUUUAAACUUCAUAUGUGUUUCAGUUUAUUUUAUAUUUUACUAGACAUUGAUAAUCGUCUAAUUAACUAGUGAAUAGGAUCUUUAUGGAAGUCGACUUGAAGAAAACAGAAAUGGAAAUAAUUGUGACUUGGAAGAAUCAUACAGAAUUUGAAUGAUAAAUGAUGAAUUUAAAUACAUUGGUUAUCCCCAUCUGCAUUCUUGUUCAGUACACUCUUUCUUUGGACAAUAUAGAUUAUUAAGAGUAUUUAUUGUUUUGAAUUCAUGAAAAUGUUUAAAUUACCUACUAUUAUUUGAUAUCUAAAGCAUGGUUGGAACAACUUUGUAAUGAGAUAGGUUUUAGGGGUUCUUAAACUCUGUCUCAAUACUAUGAACUUUUAUGUUUAUCAAACAUGAACUCAAAUCAGUUUGCCUUCUUCCAGUUGCUAUGUUAAGUUUCUUUUUUAAAUACUUUUCUCGAAUUUAUUGACGUUCGUUAGUUUUUUUACUAACAAUAAACAUCAAUAAUCAUCCAUUAUAAUUCAAUUGAAUAAUAUUUACAUUCUUUUUUGAUGGGAAUUUGCUAAUUUUUAACGAUUUUUUUCUCAUGUUAAAAUGUAUAAAUAUCUAGAUAUGAUGAUUCAGUCAAAUUCAACAUUAUGUUUAAAAAAUUUCUACGGAGUAUUUAAUUCUUUAUUACGAUAUGUUUCUACAACAGGAUCUGUUAGUAACGUCAACAAUCUUUUCAAUUUCAAUCAGUGGCGUAUUUUGCAGAUACCAUCUCGAAAUCGCAGAAGUGAAGAGGUGAAGAAAUUUUAUUCAGAAACUGGUGACUAUAACCCUCCAAAUCAAGAUGCUAUUGAUAGAUUUAAACGUCUUCGUUGGGGUGCAUAUAUUCAUGCACGAACUGGUCGAGCUAAACAUUUAUAUAGACGAAGUGAAUCUGAAUUAGACCGACGUUCAGAGCAUAUUUUGACCAAUCGUGCAACAACGUUUUUAGUAAAUAAUUUGCUAAAUAGACAAUGGCGAACACCAAAAUAUUAUCCAAAUGAUAUUUAUGAACCAUAUCAUCAAAGAACCGGUGUCCCUUGGGAUUAUAAAUUGCGAAAACCAAAAUUCUUCCCUUGAAUGUUAUAAUGCUAUUUAGUUAAAUUUACAUAUAAACUUUUUAAUGA